CUGAGGACCCCAGAGGGCGGGCUGCUCACCCAGGGACCUGGAGCUGAUGAAUGGUGAAGUGGAAUUCAAAUCCAGACCCACCUAAUCCCGAAUCCCACACGCAACUGCUCUAGGACGCUGCCUGGGGCCAGCGAUGCCUCUUUACGCCGCCACCGCCACAAAAGCAAGGGUCUUACCUCAUGUAGAGGCCCCGGGCACGGGAGCAUUUCGCCAAGUUGAAGAGCAGCUCCUGGGAUUGAAACCCCACCUCAGCAAAUGACGGGGGAUUUGCACAUUCAAAGGAAUGUUCCAGUCUCUGGUGGGCAAGUUCCCAACGGCUUCAAUGAGGGAACAGUCACAGUUCAUUGAUGCCUGAUGCUCACAGGGCAGCUUUAUUGUUUUAUAUGUGAAAAAUGAGGAAAGGGCCGGAACCUCGGCAUCAGGGAGACGAUGAAAGACUGAGAAGCAUUUCCAAAGUCCCGCGAACCGAAAGGUCAGGCCGGGGAGGCGGGGGUGAGGGGGGUAAGAAAAGAAGCAGCUGAGAAGUAUUUGUGGCACCAGCGAGAAGAGCCUGUGAUGUCCAAACCAUGACUAUGAAUUUCAGGGCAUCAAGACCCUGUCAACACGGCUAAUCCCUACGGAUGUUGGCUGAAUAAGCCUUCGAUGACCAAACAAGUGCACUGUGGAAACCGUGUCAGCCUCCAGCAGGCCGAUUUGUCCUCACGUUACACACUCUGCUGGCUCUGUUGCUAGACCCCCAGAUCGAGGAUCCACGGCCAGAGCCCCCCAACGUGCCGAGGGUUGACACGGCAUGGUCAAUAAGUCAACAGAAUUCAGAAACCACCACCACCGGAUUAAGAAGGCAGUUUUAUUUUGGUGCCCUGGACUUCAAGCAGAUUAAAUAAUCAGAAAGGCUGAGCCAUCGGGGUCAUGUUUGAAUGCUACAGCUGUUCACUGAGGUUUGACAAACGUUCUUUCUGGGGCUCGUCGUCUGAAUGGGAAAGGCAGGGAUGAUCCUGGGAAGGCCGACACUUUAAGAAAGAAGAGGGGGCACAAUCGAAAGAUCCUCUUAUGGAAAACAGUCCCAGCCAGAUGGAGACGGGGGCAGGAUUGCUUAAAUAAGUGGUCUCCUGAGAGCGACGACCGCUUUCUGCGUUGAAGAAAAGCACAAGCGGGAUCCUGAGAGAGUGAAUGACAAGCUGGACCCUGAGCCUGCCAUGCCCUCAGUGGGUUGACCUGCACAUUAAUAAAGGUGGGCUACGGGUUCCAUGAGGAAGUCUGUGCAGACGCAGCCAUGAAAGGUGACCUGCUUCUGCUCUGCGGUGUGAUCGUCCUGCUCCAGGGGGUGUGUGGCUGCCCGGAGAAGUGCCGCUGUCACUCAUCCUCACAUUCUGUAGACUGCAGCCAGCAGGGUCUGGCUGAAAUCCCUUCUGAUUUGCCUCCGCAGACUCUAACGCUGCACUUGCAAGAUAACCAGAUACAGCAGCUUCCUGCUUUCGCGUUUAGGUCAGUGCCCCAGCUAACGACCCUGAACCUGUGCAACAAUUCCCUUUCAAACCUGGCCCCCGGAGCUUUCCAGGGACUUCAUCACUUGAAGGUCUUAAACCUAACCCAGAACUCCCUGCACUCUCUGGAAAGCAGACUUUUCCACUCCCUCCCACAGCUGAGGGAGCUUGAUUUGUCAUCAAACAACAUAACCCACCUUCCCACCUCCCUGGGUAAGGUUUGGGAGAACCUAACCGUAUUUGCAGUUCAACAAAACCAGCUUCAGCAGCUUGAUCGAGCACUCUUAGAAUCCAUGCCCAGUGUGAGGCUUUUAUUUCUCAAGGACAACCUCUGGAAAUGCAAUUGCCACUUGCUCAGUCUUAAACUCUGGCUGGAGAAAUUUAUCUAUAAAGGGGGAAUAACAGAUAGUGUCAUCUGUGCAUCACCGGACACCUGGAAGGGAAAGGAGCUCCUGAAGAUCCCUCAUGAGCUGUAUCAACCCUGCCCUUUCCCUUCUCUGGAUGUGGGGUCCUUGAGGGGACAGCAGCUGGGUUCUGCCCACCAGCCUGUCCCCAAGCCUCCUGAGAGCCACAGCACAGGGGAGCGAGACCACCCAGAGUGUGAGCUCAAACCCAAGCCAAGGCCAGCCAACCUGCGUCACGCUGUGGCCACUGUCAUCAUCACUGGGGUUGUGUGUGGGAUCGUGUGUCUCAUGAUGUUGGCGGCUGCCAUCUACGGAUGCACCUAUGCAGCUGUCACAGCCCAGUACCAUGGGGGACGCUUGGCUCAGACCAAUGAGCCUGUGAAGAUGGAAGGAAAAGAGCUCUAUGACAGCUCACCAGCCUGAGAGCCUCCAUCUCAAAAAGGAAGAAUCAUUUUAGGUCAGAGAAAGUAUAUGAGUAGGGUUGAUGCAUUCACUGCAAAGGUCUUCCUUUUGCUUUUCUCAACAGAAAAAAGACCUAUCCAUAUAAAUAUUCUCCUGGGGAAAAGUUAUGUUGAUAUUUUAAAAAUACUGUAUUUGAAAUAGAGAUGACACUUGUGCUCUGUGCCCGAAAAGUUAUUGCAAUGACUCUGGGUGGGGGAAGGCAGUACACAGGGAAAGAAAAGAUACACGUCUCAGGUACUCUUCCCUGUGUUAAGCUGCUUUAAAAGAGCAACAGAAAUUCAAACACAUGUGUUAGUUAGCAUUCCUGAGAGCUUUAUGGUCCACUGGAAAACUGCCCAA